UAUUGGUGAACCUGGUUCCAUCACUUUAAUAAAACCAAUUAAUAAUCUCACUUGGAAUGAACUUAAUUGCUCUGAACGUAUUGGUCUAAUCACAGGCUAUAUAGUGAUGAUCAGUAACAGUAGUAUCACUUACAAUGUCAAUAGUACUAAUACACACAUUAUAUUGAAUGAUUUACUAUUUAGCACUGUAUAUAACAUCAGUGUAGCUGCUGUAAACUCUGUUGGAAGAGGCCCUUUCAGUGAUCCUAUUGUAGUAGAGAUUGGAAUAAUACCUGGUCCAGUUGAAUCAUUAUCAAGUAUCAUGGACGCUACAUGGUCUGUUAUCUCAUGGAGUGUACCCAGUUUUAUUCCACAAGACUAUCCCAUUAUCACAUUCGAGAUAGGAUACCUGUCUGAUAACUGUUCCAUCAUAGAUGUUGAUGACAUUGAUGAUGAAGCAUUGGAUCAAUAUAAUGUGUCCAGUGGAAAUAGAUAUGCUAACAUUACUGGUCUGAAUCAUACUUCUUGUUAUAUUUUUGGUGUACGUGCAUACACUGAUAAUGGAUAUGGAGAAUGGAUAUUCAUUACUAAUAAGACACUGUCUCAUCAGCCAUCUGCAUCAGUAGCUCCAACUUUAGAUGAAGAUGGAGAGACUGACUUUGCUUUCCUUGGAACUUCAUCAGCAAUCGCUGGAUUUUCAAUAAUGAUGCUAUUACUAGUGAUCAUCGUUGCCACUAUUUAUGUAAAGAAGAAAAUAUCAAGUACCAGAACACACUUAAUUAAGGAAGUAGCAUCAGAAAGUCAAGCUCCAGGAGCAUCGAUUUUACAAGCCAAAGAAAGAGAUGUAGAGACUGUUCUGUCUUAUCUUACUGUCUGGAAUGACUUUGAUCCACAGAUUCCUCCUACUCUACCUAUACCACUGGAUGAUUUGGCUACACAUUUAGAUACUUGUCAUAAUAGCAAUGGAUUUGAAAAACAAUUCAAAAAUCUCUACAGUGGUGAAGAAAAGCCAUGUACUGUUGGAUACAGUGAUGAAAACAAACCUUUGAACAGAUUAAAGAAUGUGACAGUUUAUGAUGAUAACAGGAUAAUACUGACUGCUAAUCCUGACUUGGAUAUGUGUCAAAGGGAAUUUAUUAAUGCUAACUAUGUUGAUGGAUACAGUAGGAGUAAGAAAUAUGUUACAACACAAGGUCCAAUGAAGAACACGUUAGUUGAUUUCUGGUAUCUUAUCUGGCAGGAAAGGCCAGUGUCUAUUGUGAUGUUAACCAAACUGAAGGAAGGAGGAAAAAGCAAGUGCAGACAGUACUGGCCAAACGCUAUAACUGAGCAAGAGAAAUUUGGACCAUUCAUUGUAUUGUUAAAAAAUACACAGGCUUACUCUGACUUUGUUACUCGUCAACUUUGUAUAACAAUACAAGAUGGAUCAAAUGAUAGUCAUACACUGACUCAAUACCAUUUAACCACAUGGCCUGAUCAAGGAGUACCUGACUAUGCUACCUCAUUGAUGACUCUAUAUAAAAGAGUCAUGAACACCUGGUCUCCUUCACAAGGCCCCAUUCUGGUCCACUGUAGUGCUGGUAUAGGCCGUACUGGUAUAUUCAUUGCUAUAGACCUGGCUCUAGAACAAGCCAAAAAAGAGGGAGUGAUAGAUUUUGCUGGCAUUAUUAAUAGACUCCGACAACAGAGAAUGAAGAUGGUUCAGUCACUAGAUCAGUAUGUGUUUCUUCAUGAUGCUGUGUUUGAGGAAAUCAUUUGUGGAAAGACUGAUAUAUUAAUUGAGAACUACACAGUGGAAAUACAGAAACUAAAAAAGAAUGAUCCAAGCAUUAAUUGCACAGGAAUUGAAGCACAAUAUCAUUUAUUGUGUGAAUUGACUCCUGAUCCUAAUGAUGUAGAGUGUAAAUCUGCUAAUGCUCAUAGUAACAAGAACAGAUCAAAUAAUUACCUACCUCCUGACAAGUACAUUAUAACUCUUAAAGAUACCAAUGAUGAUUACAUAAAUGCAUCAUACCUUAAAGGCUAUCAAGGGAAAAAAGAAUUCAUUAUAGCUCAAAGUCCUAUGGAAAACACUGUGAGGGAAUUUUGGAAAAUGAUAGUAGAUUGUAAAGUGUCUACUAUCGUCAUGCUGUGUGGAGAUGAAGAUUGCUGCUAUCAAUAUUGGACUGGCUCAAAGACACACGGUGAAUUUUCUAUUGAAGUCAUUAGCAAGAAAAUUGCAAAUGGUUACACAGAAAGAAAUCUUAAAAUAUCCUUUGAUAAAGAGAGCAGAAGUGUAUUGCAAUUACAAGUGACAGAUUGGCCUCAAGAUGGAGUUGUUAGAAAAGCAGGUACCAUUCUACAAGUAAUUAAUGAUGUUAGAAACAGACAAAAGAAAGGACCAGUAGUGGUACAUUGUAGUGAUACAGUGAGUCGUUCAGGAGUCUAUUGUUCAGUGAGUAUUGCUCUAGAACAAUGUAAGGCAGAAGGUAUAGUGGAUGUAUUUCAAGUAACUAAAACUGUCAGAAGAACUAAACCAGGAGCUGUCACUACACUGGAGCAGUAUAAUUCUAUAUACGAUGUGAUUAACUUAUACAUUCAAACUACAUACAAAUAAUAGUUCUGUACUGUAAGAUUAAUUUUUCAAUAAAUGCAUUCAGUUUUAGGCCCCUCAGAUAAGUUUCUAAUUUCAAUGUCAUUAUAAGGCUGU